AUGGAGAAGCGGCGCGGCGUGAUCGCCCGCGCGGUGAAGCUGCCGCAGGCGGGGCAGCCAGGUCAGCUUCCCGUGAGGCUCGUCACCGGCGGCUCCGGCGGGGCCUCUGAGCAGUCCACCCUCGAGAGCGCCGGGCGGGAGCAGGAGAAGCACCAGCAGUACCUGUCCUGGCGGCGGCGGGACCUGGGGGACCGCUCCCAGCGCCGCGUCCGCGCCCAGUCCGCCCAGGAACGGGGCGAGCCUCAGCCCCACCACCUCGCGCCCUGCGACAGCGAGCCCCCCCUGGACCUGCCCGACACGCCGGCCUCAGCACCGGAGCCGGCGAUGUCGCUGCAGCGCCGGGUGAUGACGCCUGAGCGGCAGCUGUCCAAGAGCCUGCGGAGGUCGCAGUCCCUGAACCUGCGCGCGGCGCUAGCGGGCUCCGGGAAGCUGCGCCUGGGAGCCAGCCUGGAGCCCGCGGAGCGUGCAGACAGCAGAGGCAGCCGACCCGGCAGCAAGGCCUCCACCGUGCCCUCUGUCAUGGGCUCCAGUGGCGGCGCCCUGCAGCUGGCCACGGCCGCCGCCACCCCGGCGCCCGAGGAGGUCUCCGAGGUGCUGCGUGCCUGCGCCCUCCGCCUCGGAGUGCCCCUCGCCUUGGGCGGUUCCAUGGGCCCGUGGACGUCGGCGAUGGAGCUCGUGCUCUUGGCCCACCUUCCUGUGGCCAUGCUUCGGAUGUACGCCCGAGGCGACGACGUCGACGAGCCUCGCUGUCCGACCGCCCUGCAGGAGCUCGGCGGCCUUGACCUGCGACCAGUGCCAAAGUACGCUACCGAGGACAACCCUUAA